AUCAUCGGAUAAUGGGCGUGUUUCUGGGCACCAACAUGUCGGCAUAGGAGUUUCUAUCCAAACUUUACAGUCAGUGAUUAGCGGUAGUAUGUUUAGACGUUUAGCAGUGUAUAGUUUGGAGAAUAUGGUGUGGGAGCGUGGCGUAGACUUAGCUAAGCAUUUACAGAAUGUUUUAUUUAGUAAGUUUUUUGUAUUAGUUGUAUUUAUGAGCGUAAACUUCAAGGUUUGUGACUGUGAACAAAUCAGUCCAGAGAGAUGUCUCAUCUGGGGUCCAGGGCUGAACCCCGACAUAGUUUUACCAGUCCGCUACUUCAUUAUUCAGGCGGUCAAUUCAAACGGAGAAAACCUCACUUUGUCUCCAGGUAGAGACACGUUUAAAGUGAAGAUAAGUCCGCUGGACAAGAAGGAGCACAUUCGUAUUCACGUCCCUCCACCUCUGGACAGACAAGACGGGUCCUUCCUGGUGAGGUACCGGCUUUACGGGACUGUGCUGAAGGGCCUGAAGCUUGAAGUCUACCACCAAGAUGCUGCUGUGGCCAAGUCACCCUACACCAUCCAAGGUCCAGUCUAUCAUGAGUACUGUGACUGUCCAGAACUCAAUGCGACCGUCUGGCAGAAUAUCAUGCAGUGUCCUGCUAAGGAGCCUCAGAUUCUGGCGGACUUUAAGUCUUUUCCAACGGUGGACCUGCAGCGUCUCAGACAGGAAGUGCCUCACAGAUUCACUAACAGAGGAGGUCUCAUUCACUACGCCAUCAUCAACAACCAGCUGUACCGCCGUACUCUGGGAAAAUACACAGACUUCAAGAUGUUCUCUGAUGAAAUGCUGCUCUCUCUAACAAGGAAGGUGAGGGUGCCAGAUGUGGAGUUUUACAUCAAUGUUGGUGACUGGCCAUUAGAAACGAGGAGAACGGAUGCCGUUCCAGUCCUGUCGUGGUGUGGCUCUACAGACACACGGGACAUCGUCCUUCCCACUUAUGAGGUCACACACUCCACCCUGGAGACCAUGAGAGGUGUCACCAAUGACCUGCUGUCUGUCCAGGGAAAUACAGGGCCUCCUUGGAUUAACAAAACAGACCGGGCAUUUUUCCGUGGCCGGGACAGUCGAGAGGAGCGUCUUCACCUGGUCUCCCUGUCCAAGGAGAACCCUGAGCUGCUGGAUGCAGGCAUCACAGGAUGGUUCUUCUUCAGAGACAGAGAGAAACAUGUAGGCAGAGCACCUCUUGUUGGAUUCUUUGAUUUCUUCAAGUACAAGUACCAGGUGAACGUGGAUGGGACAGUAGCAGCAUACCGCUUUCCUUACCUGAUGCUCGGGAACAGUCUGGUUCUGAAGCAGGACUCCCAGUAUUAUGAACAUUUCUACAGUCAUUUUAAAGCAGGCACUCACUAUGUGUCUGUGAAGAGAAACCUCUCGGACCUUUUGGACAAAAUCAAAUGGGCCAAAGAGAACGAUGCAGAGGCACAAGAAAUCGCCAGAGCGGGUCAGAUAGCGGCCAGAGAGCUACUGCAGCCGAGCAGACUGUACUGUUACUACUACAGAGUGCUGCACAUGUACUCGGAGCGGCAGACAGGACAGCCAACACGACAUGUAGACAUGGAGCUGGUGCCUCAGCCAGAUGACCACACUGCUGUGUGCACAUGUGAGCGUAAAAACCAGAAGGAAGAAACUAAUAUGAAGGAUGAACUAUGAUGGAGUCCAUCCGUAGUUAUUGUCAUUUUUCUCUCAAACAUUCCUGACAUAUAUAGACAAGAUAUGAACAAUGUGAAUGUUCCUGAUGCUCACAAGAAAAUGUGAAUUUAGCAUUACAUUUAUAAUUGUUAGUAAAGGAAGUUUGAGGCAUGAACUAAAACAAGUAAAAACUUUGUUCUCCGCCACUUCAAGACGAGACUGCAGGAUGUUGUCUAUGUACUAAUGCCACUCUUAGUUUUUAAUACUGUGUUUUGUGUUGUUUUUUGGUACCUUUGUAAAGCACUUGUUAGUAAGCCAAGAAACGGACUAUUACUGUUUUGUAAAUGUGCCUUUACAUUGGAUAUUUUUACAGUAUUGUCUUAAACAUAUCUUAAAUAAAUAUUAUUUUUGACAGUUUAA